AUGCCCCGUCUAGGUCUAUGGACUUUGGACAGACUUUUUGUUGUCAUCAUGAGUAUAUUGACUUUAAUCGGACAGAUAGCCGUUCUCUUUAUCAUGCAACAUCCGAAGAACAACGAAGGUUCGUCAACGCUACAGUUUCAAGUCUUUCCAGAAAGUCGACGUCUAGAGAUGAAAGAGGCAGCCAAACGCAUGUUUUAUACGGGUUACGACAACUACAUGAGGUAUGCCUUCCCCAAGGAUGAGCUAGACCCAAUCCACUGUACAGGACGAGGCCCAGACUUUGAGGACCCGUCAAAUAUUAACAUAAACGAUAUUUUAGGAAAUUAUUCACUAACACUAGUAGAUUCAUUGGAUAUGCUUGCGAUAUUAGGAAAUACUUCUGAAUUUCGGCGUGCUGUCCAGCUCGUUAUCGAUGAAGUGCAAUUUAAUGCGAACACGACUGUACAGGUGUUUGAAGUAAAUAUAAGGUUGUUAGGAGCAUUGCUAUCAGCACACUUAUUGCUAACGGAUCCCUUGAAACCAUUUGGAGAUCUUGAGCCUGUGGGUUAUGAUAACGAUCUACUGCACAAGGCCCAUGAUCUUGCUACUAGAUUGCUUCCAGCAUUUGAAAAUACUACGACUGGAAUUCCUCACCCCAGAGUAAAUCUUCGGUUUGGUAUUCCUGCCAAUACUGUGAAUGAGACAUGCCUUGCCGGAGCUGGAACUUUACUGCUUGAAUUUGGCCUCUUGAGUCGUUUGCUCAAGGAUCCGGUAUUUGAAGGUAGUGCACGACGAGCAGCUGCAGCAUUGUGGAAAAGAAGAGACAACGCUACAGGAUUAUUAGUUGACUUUGUAGGGAACGUGAUCAAUAUUCAGACUGGAAUGUGGACUGGAAAGCUCAGUGGUCUGGGUGCUGGCAUGGAUUCUUUCUAUGAAUACUUGCUCAAGGCUUUUAUUCUAUUUGGAUAUGAGGAGGACCUACAGAUGUUUAACCAGGCAUACCAGAGCAUCCUCCAACAUGUAAAGAAAGGAGAUGACUGCCAGAGUGGGCCUUGGAGUCCUGGUGGUGUACCUUUGUAUGUCAAUGUUGACAUGAGCAGUGGUAACACAUACAAUUCAUGGAUUGACUCCCUCUCUGCUUCAUUUCCAGGAUUGCAGGUCCUUAAAGGUGAUGUCGGGGAGGCUGUGUGUAGUCAUGCUCUCUAUUACACAAUCUGGAGGCGGUAUGGUGCAUUGCCUGAAAGAUUCAACUGGAAAAUGAAGGCACCCGACGUUCACUUUUAUCCUCUGAGACCUGAGCUGGUGGAAUCCACAUACUUGCUCUACAGGGCCACAAAAAAUCCAUUUUACCUACAUGUAGGAAGUGAGAUUCUAGAAAGCAUCGAGAAACAUGCUGCUGCUAGAUGCGGCUACGCAACCCUGCACAAUGUAAUUGAUAAGAGCCAGGAAGAUAGAAUGGAAAGCUUCUUCCUCAGUGAAACCUGCAAGUAUCUCUAUCUGCUAUUCGACAAGGAGAACUAUUUGAACCAACAAGAGAGCGACUUUGUUUUUACAACCGAGGGUCAUCCAAUCAGAGUUUCCAAGAGAUGGCGUCGCCGCACAUGGGAAGACGACUACCACAAUAGUGGGUUGAAACGGUUCCUUGACCACAAACAGAGGACAUGCCACCGAUCAAGAGAAAGACGGCUACUCAACACUUCGUUAUCCGAAUGUUUCGGAUUACCAGCGUGGAAGAGAUACACGCUGCCAUUAGACGGACGUUCCCUCAAGCAAAUAGAAGCUCUUGUAGGACUAUCAGAUAGUUCUGGUUGAUAGACGAAAUACAAGCGAUUCGAUUUUGUACAAAGAAUGACUAUCCAUGUAACCUACAUAUAUUACUUCCGGAUCUAAUCGUGUUCCGUCUCUGCUUUCUACCUCAUAGCAUAGCAACAAUACUAUGCGUCGAUAAGAAGCUCCAA